CGGGCGGCGGCGGCGGCGGCGGCGGCGGCGGCGGCUCACGGAGGCGGGGGCUCCACUUUCCAGGACUCAGGGGCGGCGACAGCGCCAGCCGCGGGCAGCAGGCUCGGCAGCCGGAGCUGGAACGGCCGGGCGCGGCGGCGGCGCCGGGGGAUCUAAAAUGUCCACUGAGGCACAAAGAGUUGACGACAGUCCAGGCACUAGUGGGGGAAGCUCCGAUGGAGACCAGCGUGAAAGCGUCCAACAGGAACCGGAGAGAGAACAAGUUCAGCCCAAGAAAAAGGAAGGGAAGAUAUCCAGCAAAACAGCUGCUAAGUUGUCCACUAGUGCUAAAAGAAUUCAGAAGGAACUUGCAGAAAUUACGUUGGACCCACCUCCCAACUGUAGUGCUGGACCCAAAGGAGACAACAUUUAUGAAUGGAGGUCAACUAUAUUGGGACCCCCAGGAUCUGUCUAUGAAGGAGGGGUGUUCUUUCUUGACAUAACCUUUUCACCUGACUAUCCGUUUAAACCCCCCAAGGUGACCUUCCGCACCAGAAUCUAUCACUGUAACAUCAACAGCCAAGGCGUGAUCUGCCUGGACAUCCUGAAGGACAAUUGGAGCCCGGCCCUCACCAUCUCUAAAGUGCUCCUGUCCAUCUGCUCCCUCCUGACAGACUGCAACCCUGCUGACCCGCUGGUCGGCAGCAUCGCCACACAGUACAUGACCAACAGGGCGGAGCACGACCGGAUGGCCAGGCAGUGGACCAAGCGGUACGCGACAUAGCGCCGGCGGCAGCUCCGCGCGGGGCGCCCGCGCUGCCCGCCGCCUGCUACCUUUGGAACCGUCUUGCGAUGGAGCGUCAUCCAGCCCCACUCCUGUUCCUUUGCUCCCCACCCGUUCCUGUUUUAUUCCCUUUUUAAUUUCCAUUAACUUGAAAGAUCUGGUCUUUUUUUUUUUUUUUAAUCCCCCCUCCACGUGGAUGGGAACUUUGGUUUUCAGUGCAAACAAUGUCGGAUCUGUAAUAAUAAGAGCUUUCUUACCAAGCUUCGUAUUCUUGUGUGGUUUUGUUCCUUAUUGUCCAUUUUAUUUUGAUCCUUCUUCCUUUUCUGUGAUCUUGGGAAGACACGAAUUCAGAAUUCUAUCUCGUUUCUACUUCCAUGUAGCGCUUAGGAUUAAUUUUUUUGUACUGAAGUCUUUAUCGGUGGGUGCAUGCUACUGGGAACCAGAUUUUGUACAAACGCUUCAAUCACAAUCACUGUGCAUUACUGAAGACUCUGUUUAUCACUAGCCUUCUGUCCCCACACCGAAGGCUGCUGGAUUGAACAAAAUAAUAUGUAUUUUGAUUUACUUCAAGUGCUUGUAAAUUUUCUUAGGGACCUGCCACUUUUGACUGUGGAUCAGUUGAUGUACACUUGUAUUAUUAAAGCACUCAAUAAAUCACUGUGGCUGAUAAA